AAACACAGCUGCCAAAAAGCCCUCGCAUUGCCACAGGAGACACCCCAUAUACGGAGCAAACACAAGAGCAAAUUGAAUAUGCUUAAACUACUGGAUUGCCAGAAUCAGUCAGUCAUUAGAUUAGAGCUGAUGGGAAACAGCUUUGCGAGUAAGUAGACUUUGAUAAAUUGAAGUUGAACAAGGCUGUGUGUGGAAGAGAGACAUUUAUUUCCUCAUCUCCUAUAAGCCUGACAGCUAGACUGAUUGGAAAUGUCUUCACCACUCUUGCUGAUUCACAGCCAAUCCGGUUCGGUUAUUUAUUUGUAGUGAAACUUUAUAUUAGGAGGAGAUAUUUUUUUCUUUCCGAUUUUCAGAGGAAGAAGGCAGGGCCAAGCCUUCCCUCUGCUCCAACUACAGAGAAAGUCACACCAUCAGCCUCCCUCUUUCUGUACACGGACCACCCUCCACUGUUCUCCUAGUGGACGGUGUUUGCCCGUGCCGUAGCAGGCCUUCAUUCUAAAUGAAAGCAAAGACAGACGGAGAGUGAGAGGAGGAGAAUGGAGAGCAUGAACCUGCGUAUGAAUCAAAACUGAGACACCAAGGCUGGGUAUAAUACCUGCAAUUUCUGGACUGAACUCAUUGACACAGAUCUUAAGCUACUUGGUGGUAAAGAGAGAAGGAACCAUGGGGUCUGGAUCAUGGAGCGUAUUUAUCCUUGUUGGUCUGUCGUUUUGUGGCAACAGCCAAGCCCUCACAAAGAGCCCCAUCCUGUCCCGGAUACGAAGGGCUCCAGAGGCCAAUGGGGAAAGCAAGAAGUGCUCCUACACCUUCCUGGUUCCUGAGCAGAAGAUCACAGGACCCAUAUGUGCCGCCCGCGGUUACUCUACCGACAAGGAUCGAGUGACACGCCUGGAUGUGGCUGGAGUGCGGGACCUCCUGUCGAAGCAGCGUAGGGAGACGGAAACUUUGAAGCUGGUGGUGGAUGUGGACGGCAACUUAGUGAAUGAAAUGAAGCUGUUGAGGAAAGAGAGCAGGAACAUGAACUCCAGAGUGACCCAGCUGUACAUGCAGCUGCUUCACGAGAUCAUCAGGAAGAGGGACAACUCGCUGGAGCUGGCGCAGCUGGAGACGCGCAUCCUCAAUGCCACCUCAGAGUCACUGCGUCUGGCAUCCCGGUACAAAGAGCUGGAGUCCAAAUACGCAGCCCUGUCUGCUGUAGUGAACAACCAGUCAGUGCUGAUUGGGGCACUUGAGGAGCAAUGCAUGCAGGUGUACAGCCGCAGGCAUGACCAGACACCCUUGGGACCUCCACUUGUGCAGGUGGUGCCUGAGAACAUUCCUGUUAGUGUGCCACGUUUCACCAAUGAGAUCCAGAGGGACAACAACCGAGGCUUUGCCCGAGAAAGGGGCUCUCGCUCUGGGCUGUCACCCACGGGCGGCACCCUGGAAGUUCAGAAACCUCCACCUAGAAACUUCAGUGCUGAAGGUCCUUUCAGAGACUGUCUCGACGCGCAGGAAGCUGGCCACAGCACCAGCGGCAUGUACCUGAUCAGACCAGACGAAGCAGAAAGGCCAGUGCAGGCUUGGUGUGAACAGGACAUCGACAACGGCGGCUGGACCGUUAUCCAGAGCAGGCGAGACGGAUCCAUUAACUUCUUCAGGAACUGGGAUAGCUACAAGAGCGGCUUUGGCAACAUAGACGGGGAAUACUGGCUCGGCCUGGAGGGCAUCUACAACCUGGGGAGGCAGGGGGACUACAAGCUGCUUGUGGAGCUGGAGGACUGGAUGGACAAGAAGGUGUACGCUCAGUACAGCAGCUUCCAUCUAGAGCCUGAGAGCGAGGGAUACCGUCUGCGACUGGGCACCUACCAGGGCAACGCCGGGGACUCCAUGAGCAGCGACAACGGCAAACAGUUCACUACUCUGGAUCGAGACAAGGACGCCUACUCAGGUAACUGUGCCCAUUUCCAUAAAGGAGGCUGGUGGUACAACGCUUGCGGUCAAGCUAAUCUGAACGGUGUCUGGUACACCGGAGGCGUUUACCGCAGCAAAUUCCAAGAUGGGAUUUUCUGGGCCGACUAUGGUGGAGGCUUCUACUCUAUGAAGGCUGUCCGUAUGCUGAUCAGGCCCAUAGACUGAGGAGAUAUUUUAAGCAAGGCUGAACCAGUGGCAACUGUGGAGGCCAGGGAGAAACAUUGUGACUGGAUAAGUCAUCAGCAACUGGUUCUUCGUUGAUAAAAGAACUUCCCCAAUGGAGGCAACCAAUCAUCAGUAGUGACUUGAACUGCCUUCUGUUACAGACAUGGACUGUUCACUUUAUAUGGUAAUAGAUGCACAAAAAGAGGGAUUUAGGGGGCAUUCCUAUUUAUAGUAAGCCAUACUGCUACUUUUAUCAACAAAUAUGUUGGUGCAGGCAAAUUAAGUAUAAUUUCAGAAGAUGUACAGCCAGAUCAUGCAAUCUGUCUAUAUGUUUAUGAGACUGCAGUGUUUUCCUCAUUACUGGGUCACCCAGAGGAGACGAGGUGCCACGUCCUUACAGAACCUUCAUAUUGAUUUCAUUCAUAAGCUUUAGCCUCACAGGAUCUAAAAGCAGCUUUUCCUACCUUGCCAAGAUAAACAUGUGGAGGGAACACUCAUACAUGGUAUAUAACUUAUAUAGCUGGAAAAUACAUCUUGUUAAUACAGAUAUUUAUACUCUGUAUCCACAUCCAAAUCUAAAAAAGGCCAGCACCUUAAAGAGAUUGAGAAGGAAUGUGGUUUAAAUACAUAUUUUUAUAUACACUAGAUUACAAAAACAGCCUGGUUUAACAACAUUAAUACUCUAUGUUAAACUACUUUGUCCAAGUGCAGAUGACCAGAAAUGAUAAUUUAUGUGUACAAUUAACUUAUCAUAACAGGUAAAAGGGCCAGGUGUCCUGAGGGAACAGUAAAUGAUCCUAUAGAGAAAAUAACAAAUGUCCUAACUGUAUAAAUGACAAUCAUUCCUAAAGUGAGCUUGCACGUAUGGAAAUUGCUGUUAUGUGUUUUUCUCAUUUGGCUGUUGAUGUAAUUUCAGUAUGAUUCUGGGAAAAAUUAUCAUUGUUAAUGGAAAAAAACGAAAAAUGGAAUAGCAUUUUGUUGACGAGUUGUUUUUGAGCAUGAAAAAUAUGCCAACCAAGCGUGUUGAAAGUUAGGCAAUGGGACAGACAACGAGAAACACAUUGCUGAAAACCAGACACGAUGAAAAAAGAAAAAGAGAGCAGGGAGGGGAUGAACUGGGAUGGAAUCAGUCCAAAUUUCCGAGUUAUAUUCCCCCACUCUUCCUUAUAAAUACAGAGACAUUUACAUUCUUUCCACACAAAAGUGCUUGAGUUGUAUGUUUUCGUAAAAUAUCUUUUAAAGUCAGUGGGCCUACACUCUGUAAUCACCGGUAUGGAAGGAAAGCGGCAUCCUUUUAGGGGAGCCAUCCCAGAGGAGAGGGGAGCUGGGGGUUUAUUUUCCUUUUUUUGAACAGUUGGGUCUGCUUUGAACAACGGAGCUGCAUUGCCUUUGGUGUCUCAGACAAAAAUAGAAACCUCAUAUUGUGAGUGUUUCUUCUUAGUGACCACAAUAGCCCUCACACCCAUCUCUUCAAAAAACUUUUAUAAAGCAACAAAACGCCAAGAAACGAGAACGGUCACAGCCAGCUGGACAUGGAAACAUGUUUAUGAACAUGUAAAAAAACGAUGUUGAAUAAAAAAAGGUUUUAUAUGUUAAAAUGUGCAGCAAUAAAAGCUGAAACCAAUGAGUCACUAUAUGACUCCACUUAACAAUAUAACAAUAACAGUUGUAGCAUAGAACUUUAGCGUCACUUGAAGGGACAUUCUUCCUCAUUUGGAUUCAGAAGAACUCUUCUCAUGUGACAUGCUGAUUCAUACUGUUAACCAAGUCAUACUUAGCUCUUGAUUUGGUCAUUUGUAAUCUUUGUUCAGAUUUCCUGCCCCUUUCAAACUUAUCUUGUGAGAGUCAUGCAGAUAACAUUUUUGUUUUUUUAGCGGUUGCAGAAGGAAAAUGUAUUGCAUGUCUGGAUCAAUUUAAUUCUGGCCCUCAACCUGAACUACAAAACUCUUUUUCACUGUGUAUUUUUAUUGGUCCACCAAACAAAGCACAAUGUCAUCAGAUCAGUCAAAACGUUUAAAAAAGUUUUCUUGAGACUCAGGCUUGAAUAGAUGAAUAUAGAGCCAGCAGGUGGUUAGCCAACGUUAGCAUAAAGACUGCAGCAGAC